AUGUGUUUUGAUGACGGUCCUUUAGGGAAUAAUAAUAAGGACUUUUAUGGGAAAAAUAAAAAGAAUGAACUCCAGGCGGCUUAUCAGGAUAAUAAUAAGGACUUUUAUCAGGUGGAGCACCAGGACAAACUCCAGACUGCUUAUCAGGAUAAUAAUAAGGACUUUUAUCAGGUGGAGCACCAGGACAAACUCCAGGCUACUUAUCAGGAUAAUAAUAAGGACUUCUAUCAGGUGGAGCACCAGGACAAACUCCAGGCUGCUUAUCAGGAUAAUAAUAAGGACUUUUAUCAGGUGGAGCAGCAGGAAAAACUCCAGGCUGCUUAUCAGGAUAAUAAUAAGGACUUUCAUCAGGACGUACUCCAGGCUGCUCAUCAGGAUAAUAAUAAGGACUUUCAUCAGGUGGAGCACCAGGACAAACUCCAGGCUGCUUAUCAGGAUAAUAAUAAGGACUUUCAUCAGGAUAAUAAUAAGGACUUUUAUCAGGUAGAGCAUCAGGACAAACUCCAGGCUGCUUAUCAGGAUAAUAAUAAGGACUUUUAUCAGGUGGAGCACCAGGACAAACUCCAGGCUACUUAUGAGGAUAAUAAUAAGCACUUCUAUCAGGUGGAGCACCAGGACAAACUCUAG